AUGCCCGAGGAGUACAAGUUCAACAAGGCCAUCUCCCUUGACGUCUUCAUCAUCAAGGACACGAUUGGGCGACGAUACAAGGUGAUGUCCAUCGUGGACUUGGGAACACUUUUCCACGUGGCAGCCAUUGUGGGAGAAGGCUCUGGACCACCAAGCUCUGGGGACAUGGCACACGCCUUGAGUACCUGCUGGUUGAACUGGGCCGGCAUUCCCGAGAGCAUUGUCUUGGACCGAGGACUUGAGAAUCGAGGCAAACUACAACAAUUGGUGACAGCCCAUGGCAUUCUACUGCGCUACAUUGGUGUUGAGAGUGCCUACCAGCUGGGACGUGGUGAACGACAAGGAGGAAUCCUCAAGGAGGUCAUCAAGUCAACAGUACAUGCCCGCCAACUACGAGGACGUCAAAACAUGGAGUUCGUGGUUACCGAGUCCGUGAGCAUCAAGAACCACCGGAUCAACCACAACGGCUUCUCGCCAGCUCAAUGGGUACUUGGACGUAACCCUCCUGAAAUAGACGCCCUCACCAACCUGGACACCCAGGCGCGGCUCGGCACCCACCAGGAGAUCCUCGAUGGAGAGAGCUCUUUUGCACAGCAGAUGCUGGUCAGGGGAGCAGCGCGUGAGUCCUUUGCCCAAGUUGACUCCUCACAGCGAAUACGUUCCUCACUACUACGGAAAAGCGUCCCGAGCCGCGGCCCUUUCGUGAUGGGAGACCUGGUCUGCUACUACAAGAACCAAGGAGCGCACCGACAGUGGAAAUGGUAUGGACCUGCUCGCGUCAUCGGGCAAGAAGGCAAGGGGACUCUGUGGAUCGUCCAUGGAGGAGUUCCACUUACCGUGUCUGUGGAACAAUGUCGGCAUGCCACCGGGAACGAGAUGCUGGCGAAGCGAGUUCUGGAACUUCGGCCGUCCCGGAAGAGACGAAGAGAAGACGUGGAGGACAACGCCGACGUCAACGACCACGACAACGAGGUGCCGUUCGUGGAUGACCUGGUUGGAGUUGGAGGACCACCCGGAAACGAGCAGCCCGGGUUCUUCGACAUGAGACGACAGCUGGUGAGGUCCCCGCCGAAAGGCAAAACGUGUCUAGGAUGUCAGAACUACAACAUGCUAUCCAUCGCUCUGUGGAUGCACUGGAUGGAGUUCCCCGCAGAAGAUCGCGAUCACCAAGAGGGCUACUUGCUAAAGGGCCAGUCCAAGGAACUCCACUACCACAAGGAGACGGAUGCCGUGAAGCAGGGGAUAGACAAUGCCAGACUCAAGGAGUGGGGAAACUGGCAGGGCUUCGAGGCUGUCGACAUUAUCCUCCCGGAGGACGUACCGGCCUACCUCAAGGAGCACAAGGACGCGGAGAUCACCCCAACGAGAUGGGUUGACAACAACAAGGCGCAACCUUGGGAAGACCCCCGGUACAAGUCGAGAAUAGUUGUCAGAGGAGACCUCGAGACUGGAGCAGAAGGUGCCCGCACUGACAGCCCUACAGCGUCUUCUAUGAUGUUCAACCUCCUCUUGAGCAUCACGGCCAACAAGCGAUGGCGACUACGAGGAGGCGACAUAACGGCCUCCUUCUUGCAAGGAGAUGUCAUCACCAGGACCUUGAUUCUACGACCACCGCCUGGAGGACUUCCCGGAGUACCCGAAGGAGCACUUCUACGGGCUAGGAAGCCCGUAUACGGAACCAAAGACGCUCCGAGAGGCUUUUGGAAACGUCUACACCGAGUUGCUCUGUCAAAGGGGCUACGCGCCAUACCGGGAGAGCACGCCGCCUACGUACUGCAGGACAAGCACCACGGACUCCAAGGGAUCGUCAUCGCUCAUGUGGAUGACUUGCUAUGGAGUGGCUCUGAGGCCAUGGACAAGGUCAUGGACGAGAUCAUCAAGGAGUUCAAGUUCGGCGCCUUGGAAUUCGGCGACAAGUUCGAUUACUGCGGACGGACCGUGGAGCAGGGCAAGGACGGCAUCACCAUCACG